CAGAUUCUUUACGUGGCUACUUUAACAAUGAAAUAUAAAACCAGGUGUCAUGAUUAUUGAAUCAAACUGCGAUUUGUGACAUGGAAGGAACAUAUACAAAAACAAGUACUGAACUAACGGUUAUCCCAGCUAAGAAUGAAAACCAUCUACACAAUGACGCCAACAAGAGGAAACCACUCGGGAUCGUGAAUCGUGGCUUUACUGAUACGGAAUUAUCCAUUAAAGCGGCCGACAACUCUGACAAUGAAACUUGGAGACAUUCAGAGAAUGUUCAAACUAGCUCAAAACCUCAAAAUAAAUCAGAACAUAUUGGUAACAAUAACGACCUCACACAGUUAAAUGGGGUUGAGUCGCACCAUGUGGAUAUUCAGGAGGGCAUUGUAAAUGACUAUCUAGAAAAAGAUUUGAAUCCAGUUAAAUCUGCAGAACAAGCAGCUGCAGCACUCGAAGAUAUUUUGCUCAGGGGAGAUGUCACCUCGAUCACUGAUUCCUCCACAAAAACUGAUAACGAUGCCGGGUAUUCCUCCGCGACAACUUCCCACAGUCUCAAACGGAGUCUCUCGUUUGGUGACAAGCCACCAAGACGAAGAACGGGUGCUCAGACAAUCUCUGGAAGAAAUGAUGUAUCCAAGAAAACGGGUUACUAUCUUGAAGGUGGAUCUUCCGAAAACACGGACGACAAUGAGGAUGCAUGGAAGAUGUCUCUCGAACAGUUUACCUCAAAAAGAUGCGGCUCAAAGCGGAAAUCAAACAAAAUGUCCAAGGGAAUGAGAUAUUUCUACAAACAGCAGGAUGGUUUGAUAGACAUCUUCGAGGAAAAUCGUAAACUUCCGAAAACAUCGAGUUUUUACAAAAGUCAGGAUGAUUUGAUCAACGAGUUUGAAGAAAUUCGCCUCGAUGUUGAUGAUGCCAUGGAAAACGCGGAGACGAUCAAGAAACUCAGGAAGAAGGCCUCUAUCUACGCUAAGUCCACGUUCUUCGUCAACCUGGUACUGUUAGCAAUCAAGGUGGUCGCAGUAGUGCUGUCUGGGUCUAUUUCGCUCAUAUCGAGUCUCGUGGACAGUGCUGUUGACCUCAUAUCAGGCGUGGUCAUCUGGGUGACCACCCGCGCUGUGAAAAACACGGAUAGAUAUGUGUACCCGCAAGGUCGGACAAAGCUAGAGCCGAUGUCUAUCGUCAUCUUGUCGGUGAUCAUGUCGGUAGCCUCUCUUCAGAUCAUCAAGGAGUCCUUUACCAAGAUCGUCGGCCUCUCUGACAACUCUUCCGAUCCACCCAUUAUGGACUGGACCACCAUUGGGAUCGCUAGCGCCACCGUCGUGGUGAAGCUGAUACUAUUCAUUCUGUGUAGACGGGUACCUCACCCUACUGUACAGGCUUUGGCGCUGGACCACAGAAAUGACGUGCUGUCGAAUUUCGCGGCCAUAGUUUUUGGAUACAUUGGUUCUCAGGAGAUGCAGGGCCAGGUUUCGCUGUAUGGACUGGUGUACCUUGAUCCGACCGGCGCUAUUGUCAUCAGCAUAUACAUCAUCGCCAACUGGUGUAUUACUGGAUGGGAUCAAAUCAAACUGCUCGUGGGCCACACGGCAACGGGCGAGUUUAUCAGCAAAGUGACCUGGAUCUGCAUGGACCACCAUAAGAAGGUGCAGAAGGUAGACACUGUCAAGGCUUUCCAUUUUGGUAACAACUUUCUGGUCGAGGCUGACAUUGUACUUCCACCGGAAAUGACGCUGCGAGAGGCGCAUGAUAUCGCAGAGCCGCUUCAGCAGAAGCUUGAACGCCUACCGGAAGUAGAAAGAGCAUUUGUCCACGUGGAUUAUGAAUACACACACCAUCCUGCCUCGGAGCACAAAAUUGUUUAAGGUGUUUAAAUGAGCGGACAUGAUCAAUUGAUAUUUAACGCAGAACAAGAAAAAGUAUAUACAAAUGUGCUACAAGUCAAUCAUAUAUUCUCUCUAGUUCAGGCAGUUUGCAGGAAUAUAUUUGCUCAAUAACUACACAAAUCCCUGAGAUAUGUGUAACAUAUGUGUAUAUAAAGCGAAAUAUAAAUCAGGUUAAGAUUGUAACCGUGAACAAUUGUAUAUAGUUUGUCCACAGUGGUAACGGAUCUAUGAUUUACGUAAAUUUAUGAAACUAAAAUUGACGCUGUAACGUCUGAAAAAUUUCAUAUAAGUUAGUAUGUUGUUAUUGUUUACUUUUGUUUUAAUUAAGAAUACAUAUCCACGUAUUUUCAUAACGCUAGUAUCGUCGUCGACGGCGGUUGUUAGAUGUAAAUGGUAACCUUAUGUCACAACUUCCUAUUAACCUGUCCAAGUUUCACAUUGAUUUUACAAGGGAAACAAAAGCGACAAUCGAAGAAGCCAAACAUUUAACGAAGCCCCCCUGCUUAAAUCACCACACUUUUAAUGACAUGAUGCGUACGUUUGGACAAAUCAAGGAUCCAUUUAAUCUGACUUUAAUGAUUGUUUAGACCGGCACGUCCAAUUGAUUACGAGCGUUUUCGUUCAUACAAUGACGUGAUCCUCUUUGACGAACACAUGUAGUAUUAUAUAUAACAGUAGUAUACAUAUUUCUGACCGUAAGAUUUAAGGCGGGAAACUUGGUGAUUAUUUUAGUUUGCAACAUAUGUUAGGGUAGAUUUAUAAACAAAUGUUAUUACGACAUGUUAUGUAAUUAUAUGUCAUACUAUUCCAAUUUAAUUUGCCAUUGUCUCAGACCAUUCUUGUUCUCAAUAUUGUGUAAUAUGUAUUAUAUCAAAACUCUUUUAGUCAUGAAAAGCACAAGCAUAUUUUUAUGUCGUUAUCGGACCAGAAAUUGUUGAAAUAAUCUUGGUGGAGUAACCCCAACCACUUACCAACAUUUUAAACAAUUUAAGUUCGGUUCUGAGGGAGGGAUAAAUGCUAAAGGGUCGUGCCACUAAGUUGCGCCCCCUCUCACGUCAAUCCCUCGUACAGCUCAUGCAUUGAGGCAUGAGUUAUAUAAUGAAUGAACUUUAAACGCGAAACCAAUUGACUUGAAAAAGUCAUAUGUAUCAUGAAUAUACUAGUCCAUGUUUAACUUGCAUUGGAUAAACAUUACUUACUUGCUGUGUAUUGUGCUUACCUUAAUAUAUUUUAAUGAAAUUUGAGAGAGAGAGAGAGAGAGAGAGAGAGAGAGAGAGAGAGAGAGAGAGAUUUAAACAAAUUAUGUAUACUUACUAGUCAGUGUCAUUAAGAUGUACUUAGUAAUUAAAGCAUGCAUUUGUGCAUAAAGUAUGUACUUUCGUGUAACAGUUGGCAAGUAAUGAGCCGAGAAUGAUGAAUGGCUAAGCUCAUUACAUGUUUGUUAUUAUUUUAAUUUAUUUGAACAUAUGAUAUGUUUACGUUGUUAAAGUACUUAAUAAAGUAUAGGAGUUCA